GUGAAUAUGCAGGGCUACAGGCAAACCAUUGUUGACCCUGCUGUACCGUACAUGUAAACCCAUCGAGACUACCAAUAGUUGUGUGUAUGUAUACAGCUAGUAUCUAUCUUGAAGAGGACACAAGGACUAGUUAUCUCAUUAAGAUAGCUUCCUGGGUCACCUUUGACCAUGACCCAGACUCCGGGUCUAGAGCACUGGGGUGACAUCACGAUUGUUGUUGUUUACUUUGUGGCAGUGCUGGGCGUUGGACUGUGGUCACUAUGCCGUCCAAAUCGAGGAAACGUAAAGAGUUAUUUCUUGGCUGGGAGAGACAUGACCUGGUUCACGGUCGGGGCGUCACUAUUUUCCAGCAACAUCGGAAGUGAACAUUUUGUCGGACUGGCAGGCAUUGGCGCAGCUUCCGGUAUAGCCAUGGUCAUGUACGAAUGGCUCUCAAUGCCAUUGGUUCUCUGCCUUGCCUGGUUGUUUCUUCCGGUUUACAUAUCAGCUGGGGUGUACACGUUACCCGAGUACAUGGAAAAGCGAUGUGGCGGACAGAGAAUCAGAAUCUACCUCAGCUGUUUGUCACUCAUACUGUACAUCGUUACAAAACUGGCGGUCAGCAUUUACGCUGGGGCGUUAUUUAUAAAGCUGGCCUUGGCUUGGGAUAUGUACAUAUCUAUUGCCGGUCUACUGCUUGUAACGGGCAUUUACACAAUACUAGGUGGAUUGGCCGCUGUGAUGUAUACGGACACCUUCCAAACCGUUGUUAUGACGAUAGGCGCCAUUGUUCUUACGUCAAUGGGUUUUUACAAGAUAGGAGGGUUCGACAAUCUUCAGCACCUGUACAUGGAGGCCAUCCCGAGUGUGGGGACGAACGACACGACCUGUGGGGUGCCCAGGGCGGACGCCUUUCACGUGUUUCGUGACCCCGUGACCUCGGAUCAACCCUGGCCUGGACUGAUACUGCAGGCUUCUAUUGGAUGUCUCUGGUACUGGAGCUGCGAUCAGGUAAUCGUACAAAGAACCCUGGCUGCCAGAAAUCUGUCUCAUGCUAAGGGCGGAGCUAUCGUUGCCGGGUACCUCAAGCUCUUGCCACUGUUCCUUAUGGUGUAUCCUGGAAUGAUUAGUCGAGCGCUGUUUCCAGAAAGUGUUGGAUGCGUGGACCCGAAGGAAUGUGAGAAGUACUGUGGGAACCCAGUAGGCUGCUCCAACAUUGCCUACCCAAAACUCGUCCUUGAGAUAAUGCCCAUUGGUCUCCGAGGUUUACUGAUGGCGGUCAUGCUCUCUGCAAUCAUGAGUUCACUAACGUCGAUAUUCAACAGCGCUAGUACCCUCUUCACCAUGGAUUUAUGGCGGCGCAUGCGCCCCAGAGCCACCCAGCGAGAACUUCUAAUAGUUGGCAGAGCGUUCAUCCUGUUUAUGUCUGCGGUGAGCAUCCUGUGGUUACCCUUGGUGCGGUCGUCACAGGGCGGUCAGCUGUUCAACUACAUCCAGGCGGUGCAGGGUUACCUCGGAACACCGACCACCGCACUCUUUUUGUUUGCUAUACUGUGGAAGAGAACCAAUGAAAAUGGGGCGUUCUGGGGAAUCGUGGUGGGUCACGUUUGCGGUGUAAUCCGGAUGUCUCUGGACUUCGCGUACCCUGCACCUGCGUGUGGCGAGGAGGAGAGUCGACCCGCCGUCCUCUACCGCGUGCACUACACCUACUACGGCUGCCUCCUCCUCGUCGUCACGUCCAUCGCCAUCAUCGUGUUCAGCCUCAUCUCGGAAAAACAGCCGGAAAGCGAGCUGAAAGGUGUUACGUGGUGGACCACAGUGGAUACAUUAGAUCCUGACCCAAAAGAAGAAUACGAAGAACAGAAUGGACCAGAAACCAUUGACACGCCUUCAGGAAAUGAUGACAGUGGGGAAGGAAAAUGCCACAGGUGGUUUGACUUUAUUUGUGGCAUUCCAAAAUCUCACGGGAGGUCACGUGACUCUCCCGAGAUUACAGUUCCGCAGAGACGAGAGUUCUUAAAACAGAAUCCAAGAUGGCAGACGAUUUUGAAUGUGAACGCAGCGAUUGCACUUAGUGUAAUGGCAUUUUUACUGGGGUUUUUCAAAUAAAUUUCGUUCAUAAAUAUUUUGUAAAGUAUAUAUUCAAUGUAUUCAUUUCAAUCAGUAUAUUAUGAUAUAUGACAAUAGGAAAUGAUUUUGUACCCCCCCCCCCCCC